UUCUUUUUUGGCGAGAAUACUGAUUAUUACUCUACUCAAGACUCAAGAGCAGAACAAAAAUGAAUUAGGGAAAAUGGAUUAUGGAUGAAUACGAUUACUGCUCUCGUCUGUUGUCGUUUAGCCGGCAUUGGGUUUGGCGGGAAAGAAACGAAUUUUUUUUUCUUCCCCUUCCUCCCGUCUCUGCUGUGCUUUUGCCUGAUCCAAGAUUGAUCCCCUCUAAAGUGGCAAUGUUGUCAGUAUCACGACGAAUCAUGCAAGAAGCAGUCUCUGUCCAUGACCAGCAACAGAGGAUGAGAGGAGAGCGAGGCGGUCGUCCUUGCUGCUGUUGUUCCCUGCGGCAACAGCAAAGCUGCCUCCUUUCUUUCUUCCUUUCUCUGACCCCCCUUCCUCUUCCUCUGUCUUCUUCUUCCCUUUUCUCUUCUCCUUCCAUUCCGUCCCAUUCCACGGUAACACCAAAGCAAAGCUUGGCCUCCUCUUUUAUCCUUCUUGCAACACAAACCUAGCUGCUUGGCCAGAGAGAAGCCGCGGUAGCGAGCAGCAGCCAUGAGCGCCGCCACCAUCCACGCCUCGGCCGUCCUCCGCCGCCGCGCCAAGGAGGAGGAGGACAGCCACAUGGCCGGCGACGACGCGUACUGGUCCGCCGCGCCGCGCCUCUACGACUUCUCCACCCACGACCGCCUCAAGCUCGACCCUUCCCCGCCUCCCCCAUCGCCUCCCGCUUCGCCGUCGUCUCCUUCUUCUCCGGUGCCGGCGCAGGAGCCGUGUGGCCACCUCUGCCUGCUGGCGCUGCAGGGCACCGGCGUCAGCUGGGGCGUCCGGAAGCGGGUCCACUACGUCGGCCGCGUCCCCCGCCGCAGCGUCGAGGCGCAAGCCGGAGAUGAUCGCCGGCCCGACCCUCCCGCGCCGGCCGCCGUCGUCCAGAGCGCGGCGGUCAUGGCGGCGCCGGUGGUUGUGCAGGGCGACGAGGAGAGCUCGAGCAACGCCAAGAACGACGCCGGCGCCGGCGCGGCACUCCCCGAGGCGGCGUUGGCGGCGGCGGUGGCCGGGACGGAGACGAAGAAGAAGAGGAGGAGGAGGAAGCCCGGCCGUGGGCGUGGCUUCAGCCUGCGCCCCAAGAAGAGGGUCCGGCGGGCUUCUGCUGCCAAGGCCGAGGUCCUCGAGGCGGCGGCGCCGGUCGCCGUGGCCAAGGAAGAAGAGAGCGAGAAGCAGCAGGAGGAGGAAGAAGAGGAGCGCAAGGUGGUUGUGGCUGUCAAGGCGGACGCGGAGCAGAGGAGGAAGGGCAAGGCUCGCCGUGGCUGUCGUCUCAUUAAGCGUCUCGAGGAGAUCCUGCCGGCAGGGAGGAUCUUGAUGAACCCUCCGGAGGAGGCAGAGGAUGAGGAGAGCAGCCUGGGGGACUCCAAGGUGGCGCUCAUGUCGGCGCUGAACAAGAGGACCCGGCCGGAGCCCGAGCCCGAGCCGGAGGAGAGCGGCCAAGACGAAGACGAAGACGAGCGCAAGGUGGUCGCCACCAAGACGGAGAAGAAGAAGACGGCCGCCGAUCGCCAUGGCCGUGCCACCACUCACCGCCGCAAGAAGAGCCGGCGGGCGAAGGAGGAGGAGGAGGAGGAGGAGCCGGCGGCCGAGAGGAAGACGAAGAAGCCCGCCGCGCCCAAGCCCAAGGCGGCCGCCAUGGCGGACCACCGGUGGACGGAGCAGCGGUACGCGUCGGCGUCGGCGUCGCUACUCGCCGUGGCGCGCGCCAUGGGCGCCUCGGCCGCCGAGCCCGUGCAGCGCGGCGAGCUGCGGGCGGAGCUGCGCAAGCGCAUCGGCGACACGGGCCUCCUCGACCACCUCCUCAAGCACGCCACCGGCACCGUGCUCCCCGGCGGUGGCGACCGGCUCCGCCGCCGGCACAACGCCGACGGCGCCAUGGAGUACUGGCUCGAGCCGGCCGAGCUCCUGGCACUGCGGCGGGAGGCCGGCGUCGCCGACCCCUACUGGGUGCCACCGCCCGGCUGGAAGCCCGGAGACCCCUUGUCGCCGGACGCCUGCGCGCUGCAGGCCAAGAGGCAGGUGGAGGCCCUCUCCGCCGAGCUCGCCGGAGUAAAAAGGCACAUGGAGCAGCUGAUGAAGGCAAAUCAAGGCACACUGAGCAUUGAAGUGAAAUCUGAGGCAGCCAAAGCCUACAUUUCUCAUAAGCCUUAUCAGGAGAAGUACGAAUGUAUGACGAAGGCCAAUGUCAAUCUGGAAAAGAAGGUUCUGUCCUUGGAGGAGAAGUAUGCAACCACGUCACGGUUGAAUGGUAAGCUGGAGCAGGAGGUGUUAUCCCUGAAGGAGAAGUAUGAGGCUGUGCUUGAGAAGAACACCAGGCUGGAGUCACAGAUGGCUGCUCUAUCCGCUUCUUUCCUGUCCCUCAAGGAACACCUGCUCUUGCAGAAUGGUGAUGAACAGGAAGGCCUGCUCUUGCUGAAUGACAAUGGAGAUCAGCCGCAGCAGCUGCUACUGAUGGGACCAGAACAAGCACCAGGAGAUCAUCUGGAGUCUCGCGAAGCUGACAAGGAAGAGAGCAAUGACGGCGGCGAGGCGCCAGACGCUGCUGCCCUGGCCGUCGGCGCCGGCGAUGGCGCGGCUACCAGCAGCGGCGGCGGCGGGAAGAGGACGUCGAGGAAGUGCAGCGUGCGGAUCUGCCGGCCGCAGGGGGCGUUCCAGUGGCCGGACGCGCAGCCCUCUUCGCCGCUCACCCCCACGGCGGCGGCGGCGGCGGCCAUGGACGGCGGCGGCGGUCUCGAGCUCCCGCCCACGCCGCCGUCGGCGUCCUCCACCAACGCCGCCUCCGCCAAGCUCCUGCUCCUGCCGGCCCCUGCCUCGCCGCCAACGCCAUCGGCCACCGGCACCGGAGACGUCGACCUCCAGGCAGCAGCAGCAGCAGUACAGCCUGGCUCCGGCCAUGACCUGCAGCUCCGGCAGCCGUCGUCGCGGCCCUGCGGCGCCACCGCCGGGCUGCCGGAGUCGAAGAAGACGGCGCUGGAGGCCGGGGGCGUGGGCAACGAGCUGGCCCUGGCCCACCCCUCCCACUGACUCCCGUCCAAGUUUUUGCUUCUUCCCGUACCAUCCAUCACCAUUAACGACAGCAAUCGUAACAAGACAACACAGGAUAGAAGAAGAAGAAGAAGAAGAAGAAGAAGAAGAAGAAGAAGGAAAAUGAUAGAUUACGGCUAAUCCACCAGUCAGUUAAUUAGGCGUUUGCUUUCUCCAUUUACUACCGACUCUUUCAGACUUUUGAGGUCGAAGUUUUGUAGCCUGUUGCUCGUUAAUUGUUAAUCUCUCUGCAGAAAUCGCAGAAACUGGAGACCUAAUUUUGCUGUUUUAGUCCAUUAAAUCUU